AAUGAAUCGAGGUCUGAUACGAAAGUUUGAAAAUCUGAUCCAGUUACGUGGUGCUUGCUGGCAGCUGCGUACUCUUUCCUACAGAAAAGUUUAUAGAGCACAAUGGAAGCCUGUGCAGUCGUCUGCACAUCCCGUGUGGUCCGUUCUUCUGUAUCCGCAGUGCUGGCAAAAGGACAAAUUAAUCAGUACUGCCUUAUCGCAACGCAGACAUCUAGCUACAAAGGAGGAGACAAAAAAGAAGAAAAAGAAGGUACCACUGACAAAAGGUGAAGUGGAGAUAAGGCAGAAGAUGACUAUUGAGGAACUUGCACGAGCUAUGAGUAAAGACAUAGAUCAUAUUUAUGAAGCGCUGCUAUACACAGACAUUGACCUUGGUUCACUAGAACCAGAUUCCAUCUUACAUGAAGAUCAUAUCAAACUAAUUGUUAAAAAAUCAGGAAUGAAGUAUAAAUCAGCAAAACUAAAAGAGGAAAAAGAAAGAGAAAACACAGAUGCUGUGAAAAGGCCUCCUGCAGACCCAGCAGUACUAACCCCACGGCCCCCGGUUGUUACUAUUUUGGGCCAUGUUGAUCAUGGGAAAACAACCUUACUUGACAGUCUACGAAAAACUCAAGUGGCAUCAAUGGAAGCAGGAGGCAUUACACAACACAUUGGUGCUUUUCUUGUGCAUUUGCCUUCUGGGGAAAAGAUAACUUUUCUUGAUACUCCUGGACAUGCAGCUUUUUCAGCCAUGCGAGCAAGAGGUACCCAUGUUACUGACAUUGUCAUACUGGUUGUAGCAGCAGAAGAUGGAGUGAUGCAACAAACUAUAGAAUCCAUUCAACACGCUAAAAAUGCAGGAGUUCCUCUUAUCCUCGCCAUUAAUAAAUGUGACAAACCUGAAGCUGAUCCUGAAAGGGUAAAGAAGGAGUUGCUGGCUUACGAUGUGGUCUGUGAAGAGUUUGGAGGUGAUGUUCAAGCUGUAAAUAUUUCUGCACUCAAG